AAGCCGGAAAUGUCUGACAAGAUGUCAAGCUUCCUUCAUAUUGGAGACAUUUGCUCUCUAUAUGCAGAGGGCUCAACGAAUGGAUUUAUCAGCACCUUGGGCCUUGUGGACGAUAGAUGUGUUGUGCAGCCGGAAGCAGGUGAUCUUAAUAACCCACCCAAAAAAUUCAGAGAUUGCCUGUUUAAGCUAUGCCCUAUGAACCGGUACUCUGCGCAGAAGCAGUUCUGGAAAGCAGCAAAACCAGGAGCUAACAGCACUACAGAUGCAGUGCUACUCAAUAAACUACAUCAUGCAGCAGAUUUGGAGAAGAAACAGAAUGAGACUGAAAACAGGAAACUGCUGGGAACGGUUAUCCAGUAUGGCAAUGUUAUCCAGCUGCUGCACUUAAAAAGUAACAAAUACUUGACAGUAAAUAAGAGGCUUCCAGCUCUGCUAGAGAAGAAUGCUAUGAGGGUGACCCUGGAUGAAGCUGGAAACGAGGGUUCCUGGUUCUAUAUACAGCCUUUCUACAAAUUGCGUUCCAUAGGAGACAGUGUUGUCAUUGGAGACAAGGUGGUCCUGAAUCCUGUUAAUGCUGGCCAGCCCCUUCAUGCCAGUAGUCACCAACUGGUUGAUAAUCCUGGGUGCAAUGAGGUCAACUCGGUGAACUGCAACACAAGCUGGAAAAUAGUCCUUUUCAUGAAAUGGAGCGAUAACAAAGAUGAUAUUUUAAAAGGGGGAGAUGUGGUACGGUUGUUUCAUGCGGAGCAGGAGAAGUUUCUGACUUGCGAUGAGCACAGAAAGAAGCAGCAUGUCUUCCUGAGAACUACGGGGAGACAGUCGGCCACUUCUGCAACUAGUUCAAAAGCACUGUGGGAAGUCGAGGUGGUGCAACAUGACCCUUGUCGAGGUGGUGCAGGAUAUUGGAAUAGCCUUUUCCGGUUCAAACAUCUUGCUACUGGACACUACUUAGCAGCAGAGGUAAACCCUGACUAUGAGGAAGAUGGCCAGGAGUGUCAAUCCUCAACAGAUCCUGACCAGGAUGCAUCCAGAAGAGGGUUGCAUAAUGCUCAGGAGAAGAUGGCUUACUCUUUGGUGUCCGUACCUGAAGGAAACGAUAUCUCCUCUAUCUUUGAGCUGGACCCCACCACUUUGCGAGGCGGAGAUAGCCUUGUCCCGAGGAACUCCUAUGUCAGGCUUAGACACCUGUGUACUAACACCUGGGUUCAUAGCACCAAUAUCCCAAUUGAUAAAGAAGAAGAGAAACCUGUGAUGCUUAAAAUUGGUACCUCUCCAGUAAAAGAGGACAAAGAAGCUUUUGCUAUAGUACCAGUUUCUCCUGCAGAAGUUCGGGACUUGGACUUUGCCAACGAUGCAAGCAAGGUGUUGGGUUCCAUUGCUGGCAAGUUGGAAAAGGGAACGAUCACCCAGAACGAAAGAAGGUCUGUUACCAAGCUGCUGGAGGAUUUGGUUUAUUUUGUUACCGGUGGAACUAAUUCUGGGCAAGAUGUGCUUGAAGUGGUAUUUUCUAAACCAAAUCGUGAGCGGCAAAAGCUGAUGAGAGAGCAAAAUAUCCUAAAGCAGAUUUUCAAGCUGUUACAAGCACCAUUUACAGACUGUGGAGAUGGGCCGAUGUUGAGGCUGGAGGAACUUGGGGACCAGCGUCAUGCUCCUUUCAGACACAUUUGCAGGCUCUGCUACAGGGUGCUGAGGCACUCGCAGCAAGAUUACAGAAAGAAUCAGGAAUACAUAGCCAAGCAGUUCGGCUUCAUGCAGAAACAAAUUGGUUAUGACGUUUUGGCGGAAGAUACUAUUACAGCGUUGCUUCAUAACAAUCGCAAACUGCUGGAGAAGCACAUUACGGCUGCUGAGAUUGAUACUUUUGUUAGUCUUGUGAGGAAAAACAGGGAGCCCAGGUUUUUGGAUUAUCUCUCAGAUUUGUGUGUUUCCAUGAACAAGUCUAUUCCGGUGACACAGGAACUGAUUUGUAAAGCUGUGUUGAAUCCAGCCAAUGCAGACAUACUCAUUGAGACGAAGUUGGUUCUUUCUCGGUUUGAGUUUGAAGAGGUAUCAAGUGGAGAAAACACCUUGGAGGUUGGAGAAGAUGAGGAAGAAGUUUGGCUAUUCUGGCGAGACAGCAACAAGGAAAUCCGCAGUAAGAGUGUCAGAGAGUUGGCUCAGGAUGCUAAGGAAGGGCAGAAGGAAGAUCGGGAUAUACUCAGCUAUUACAGAUACCAGCUUAAUCUUUUUGCUAGAAUGUGCCUGGAUCGACAGUACUUGGCCAUAAAUGAAAUAUCUGGCCAGUUGGAUGUGGAUCUCAUUCUUCGUUGUAUGUCUGACGAAAACCUACCAUAUGAUCUGAGAGCAUCGUUCUGCCGGCUGAUGCUGCAUAUGCAUGUUGACCGUGAUCCCCAAGAACAAGUAACGCCAGUGAAGUAUGCUCGUCUGUGGUCUGAGAUACCUUCUGAAAUUGCUAUUGAUGACUAUGACAGCAGUGGAACUUCCAAAGAUGAAAUUAAGGAGAGAUUUGCACAAACCAUGGAAUUUGUGGAGGAGUAUUUAAGAGAUGUGGUGUGUCAGAGGUUCCCUUUCUCUGAUAAAGAGAAAAACAAACUCACUUUUGAGGUUGUGAACUUAGCCAGAAACCUGAUAUAUUUUGGUUUCUACAACUUCUGUGACCUCCUAAGACUAACCAAAAUCCUCCUGGCUAUAUUAGACUGCGUGCAUAUUGCUACUAUCUUCCCCAUUACCAAAAUGGCAAAAGGAGAAGAAAGUAAAGGGAGCAAUGUGAUGAGAUCAAUUCAUGGGGUUGGUGAGCUGAUGACCCAGGUUGUACUCAGAGGUGGUGGAUUCUUGCCCCUUACUCCACUUGCUACUGCUCCUGAGGGUAAUGUCAAACAGAGUGAACCAGAGAAAGAAGAUAUCCUGGUAAUGGACACCAAGCUGAAAAUCAUCGAAAUACUUCAGUUUAUUUUGAAUGUGAGGUUGGAUUACAGAAUCUCGUGCCUACUGUGUAUAUUUAAAUGCGAGUUCGAUGAAAGCAAUGCACAGACCUGUGAAUCACCUACUGGAAGCAGUAACCAAGAGGCCCCAACUAAUGUACCAGGAGCCCUAGACUUUGAACAUAUUGAAGAACAAGCUGAAGGGAUCUUUGGCGGAAGUGACGAGAACACCCCAUUAGAUUUGGAUGAUCAUGGCGGCAGGACUUUCCUUAGAGUUUUGCUCCACUUAACCAUGCACGAUUACCCUCCACUAGUAUCUGGGGCACUUCAGCUACUCUUCAGGCAUUUUAGUCAGAGACAAGAAGUUCUUCAAGCAUUUAAACAGGUUCAACUGCUUGUUACCAGCCAAGAUGUUGACAACUAUAAGCAGAUAAAACAAGAUUUGGACCAAUUGAGGUCUAUUGUGGAAAAAUCAGAACUUUGGGUUUACAAAGGCCAGGGUCCUGAUGAGACUAUGGAUGGAGCACCAGGUGAAAACGAACAUAAGAAAAAGGAGGAAGGCCACAGCAAGUCUCAAAAACAUGAAAGUACUAGCAGCUAUAAUUACCGAGUGGUGAAGGAGAUUUUGCUUCGGCUUAGCAAACUCUGUGUUCAGGAAAGUGCUUCGGUCAGGAAAAGCCGGAAACAGCAGCAGAGAUUGCUGCGGAACAUGGGAGCUCACACGGUGGUUUUGGAGCUGCUGCAGAUUCCAUAUGAGAAGGCAGAAGAUACAAGGAUGCAGGAGAUAAUGAAACUUGCACAUGCGUUUUUACAGAAUUUCUGUGCUGGGAACCAACAGAACCAAGCAUUGCUGCACAAGCAUAUAAACCUGUUCCUUAACCCAGGGAUCCUGGAGGCAGUAACAAUGCAACAUAUUUUCAUGAACAAUUUCCAGCUUUGCAGUGAGAUUAAUGAGCGAGUCGUUCAGCACUUUGUCCACUGUAUUGAAACUCAUGGCAGAAAUGUCCAGUACAUAAAGUUCCUGCAGACAAUUGUGAAGGCGGAAGGAAAGUUCAUUAAGAAGUGCCAAGAUAUGGUUAUGGCUGAGCUAGUCAAUGCGGGAGAAGACGUCCUUGUGUUCUACAACGACAGAGCAUCUUUCCAGACCUUGGUUCAAAUGAUGAGAUCGGAGCGGGACAGGAUGGAUGAAAACAGCCCUCUGAUGUACCAUAUCCAUUUAGUAGAACUGCUUGCUGUAUGCACAGAGGGCAAAAAUGUCUACACAGAAAUCAAGUGCAACUCCCUCCUCCCAUUAGAUGACAUAGUUAGAGUAGUAACUCAUGAGGAUUGCAUACCUGAGGUUAAAAUUGCCUAUAUCAACUUCCUAAAUCAUUGCUAUGUGGACACAGAAGUGGAAAUGAAAGAGAUUUACACCAGUAAUCACAUGUGGAAACUGUUUGAGAACUUCCUGGUUGACAUCUGUCGGACAUGUAACAACACCAGUGACCGAAAGCACGCUGACUCCAUCCUGGAGAAAUAUGUCACAGAAAUCGUGAUGAGUAUAGUCACCACCUUCUUCAGCUCCCCAUUCUCUGAUCAGAGCACCACUCUGCAGACUCGCCAGCCUGUCUUUGUACAACUGUUGCAAGGAGUGUUCAGGGUAUACCACUGCAACUGGCUAAUGCCAAGCCAAAAAGCGUCGGUGGAGAGCUGCAUUAGGGUGCUCUCUGAUGUAGCGAAAAGUCGAGCAAUUGCAAUACCUGUGGAUUUGGACAGCCAGGUCAACAACCUCUUCCUAAAAUCACACAACAUAGUACAGAAAACUGCAAUGAACUGGAGAAUGACUGCAAGGAAUGCUGCCCGUAGAGACUCAGUGCUAGCUGCUUCCAGAGACUAUCGAAACAUCAUUGAAAGAUUGCAGGAUAUAGUAUCCGCAUUGGAAGAUCGCUUACGCCCCCUAGUGCAGGCUGAAUUGUCAGUGCUGGUAGAUGUUCUUCAUAGGCCAGAGCUGCUCUUCCCAGAGAACACAGAUGCAAGGAGAAAAUGUGAAAGUGGAGGCUUCAUUUGCAAGUUAAUAAAACACACUAAACAGCUGCUGGAGGAGAAUGAGGAGAAACUAUGUAUUAAAGUAUUACAGACACUCAGGGAAAUGAUGACCAAAGAUAGAGGCUAUGGAGAGAAGUUGAUCACCAUUGAUGAAUUGGAUAAUGCUGAGCUGCCGCAACCUCCAGAAACGGAAAGCUCUGUAGAGGAGCUUGAUCAAAGUCUACUACAGAGGCAGCUGGAAGAUCAUAAAAGGGGUGAAGCACUCAGGCAAGUGUUGGUCAACCGUUACUAUGGCAACGUCAGACCUGCAGGAAGAAGAGAGAGCCUUACAAGCUUUGGCAAUGGCCCGUUGUCUCCUGGAGGCAUUUGCAAAGCUGGGGGAGGAGGAGGGAGCUCCGGAUCCAGUUCAAUGAGUCGAGGUGAAAUGAGUUUGGCCGAUGUCCAGUGUCAUUUGGAUAAGGAAGGUGCAUCCAACCUCGUCAUAGACCUCAUCAUGAAUGCCACCAGUGAUAGAGUUUUUCAUGAAAGUAUUCUGCUAGCCAUUGCCCUUCUGGAAGGUGGCAACACUACUAUACAGCAUUCGUUCUUCUGCCGACUAACAGAAGAUAAGAAAUCUGAAAAGUUCUUUAAGGUUUUCUAUGACCGCAUGAAGGUGGCACAACAAGAAAUCAAGGCUACAGUCACAGUAAACACCAGUGACUUGGGAAAUAAAAAGAAAGAUGAGGACUCAGACAGAGAUGCACCAGUUAGGAAAAGAGUGAAAGAGCCCACAACACAAAUUACAGAGGAAGUCCGGGAUCAGUUGCUAGAGGCCUCUGCUGCUACAAGAAAGGCUUAUAAUACAUACAGGAGGGAAGCUGAUCCUGAUGACCAUUAUUCAGCUGCAGAUGGACCACAGUCUGCACCAGACAAGAACAAAGAUGACUUGGAGAUGAGUGCUGUGAUUACAAUAAUGCAGCCCAUUCUCCGUUUCUUACAGCUACUCUGUGAAAACCACAACCGGGAUCUACAGAACUUCCUACGCUGUCAAAACAACAAAACUAACUAUAACUUGGUGUGUGAGACACUGCAGUUUCUGGACUGUAUCUGUGGAAGCACGACUGGAGGACUUGGGCUUCUUGGUCUGUAUAUAAAUGAGAAAAACGUAGCACUGAUCAACCAGACACUGGAAAGUUUGACCGAGUACUGUCAGGGACCGUGCCACGAAAACCAGAACUGCAUUGCUACACAUGAAUCCAACGGUAUUGAUAUCAUCACAGCAUUAAUUCUCAAUGACAUCAACCCUUUGGGGAAAAAGAGGAUGGACCUUGUAUUAGAACUGAAGAACAAUGCCUCCAAAUUACUGUUGGCAAUCAUGGAGAGCAGGCAUGACAGCGAGAACGCGGAGAGAAUACUUUACAAUAUGAGACCAAAAGAACUGGUGGAAGUGAUAAAGAAGGCAUAUAUGCAAGGUGAGGUAGAAUUUGAGGAUGGAGAGAAUGGUGAAGAUCUUGCAGCAUCUCCUAGGAACGUGGGGCACAACAUUUACAUACUAGCUCAUCAGUUGGCUCGUCAUAACAAAGAGCUGCAGAACAUGCUGAAGCCUGGAGGUCAGAUAGAAGGAGAUGAAGCUCUGGAGUUCUAUGCCAAGCACACAGCACAGAUUGAGAUUGUUAGAUUGGACCGUACAAUGGAGCAAAUAGUCUUCCCUGUGCCAAGUAUAUGCGAAUUCCUCACCAAGGAAUCUAAACUACGGAUAUACUACACCACAGAAAGAGAUGAACAAGGCAGUAAGAUCAAUGAUUUUUUCUUGAGAUCAGAAGACCUCUUCAAUGAAAUGAACUGGCAAAAGAAAUUGAGAGCUCAACCUGUAUUGUACUGGUGCUCUCGCAACAUGUCCUUCUGGAGCAGUAUUUCGUUUAACCUUGCGGUCCUUAUGAAUCUACUCGUAGCAUUUUUCUAUCCAUUCAAAGGAGUCCGAGGAGGUACACUAGAGCCCCACUUGUCGGGCUUACUCUGGACAGCUAUGCUGAUAUCUUUGGCCAUAGUUAUAGCUCUUCCUAAGCCCCAUGGUAUCCGAGCUUUAAUAGCUUCUACGAUAUUACGACUAAUAUUUUCAGUGGGUUUGCAGCCUACUUUAUUUCUUCUGGGUGCAUUCAAUGUUUGUAAUAAAAUAAUUUUCCUGAUGAGUUUUGUGGGUAACUGUGGAACAUUCACUAGAGGAUACAAGGCAAUGAUCCUGGACGUGGAAUUCCUUUAUCAUCUGCUAUACCUUCUUAUUUGUGCUAUGGGGCUCUUCGUACAUGAAUUUUUCUAUAGUUUGUUGCUUUUUGACUUGGUGUACAGAGAAGAGACCUUGCUGAAUGUCAUUAAAAGUGUCACUCGCAAUGGACGUUCCAUCAUCCUGACUGCUGUUCUUGCUCUUAUCUUGGUUUACCUGUUCUCGAUAGUGGGGUACCUGUUCUUCAAAGAUGACUUUAUCCUGGAAGUAGAUAAGCUGCCUAAUGAAACGUUAUUGCCAGACCAUACAGAAGCUGGUGAUACCAUGACUGGGGAGUUCCUGUAUUCAGAUGUAUGUAGAGCAGGCAAUGGGGAAAACUGUUCUUCAGUCAUUCCUUCAGAAGAGCUGAUAUCUAAAGAAGAAAUUGAGGAAGAGGAUAAAGAGCAUACGUGCGAGACACUGCUGAUGUGCAUUGUUACUGUAUUGAGUCAUGGGCUCAGGAGUGGGGGUGGAGUAGGAGAUGUGCUCAGGAAACCAUCCAAAGAGGAACCACUCUUUGCUGCUAGAGUGAUAUACGAUCUCCUGUUCUUCUUCAUGGUGAUCAUUAUUGUCCUUAAUCUGAUUUUUGGUGUUAUUAUUGACACUUUUGCUGAUUUAAGGAGUGAAAAGCAGAAGAAAGAAGAAAUUUUAAAAACAACUUGCUUUAUUUGUGGUUUGGAAAGAGACAAGUUUGAUAACAAGACAGUCACGUUUGAAGAGCAUAUUAAAGAAGAGCACAAUAUGUGGCACUACUUGUGCUUUAUCGUGUUAGUAAAAGUAAAAGAUUCAACAGAGUAUACUGGACCAGAAAGUUACGUGGCAGAAAUGAUCAAGGAAAGAAACCUUGAUUGGUUCCCUAGAAUGCGUGCCAUGUCCCUUGUAAGCAGCGAUUCUGAAGGAGAACAGAAUGAACUCAGGAACUUGCAGGAAAAGCUAGAAUCUACCAUGAAGCUGGUCACCAACCUCUCUGGCCAGCUGUCAGAGCUUAAAGAUCAGAUGACAGAACAGAGGAAGCAGAAACAGCGUAUUGGUCUCCUAGGACAUCCUCCUCCCGUGAAUGUGAACCCACAGCAACCAGCAUAAAUCAAAAGGGUCGCAGAUCCCUCUCAAAACACCAUGAAUAAGGCUAAACAAGAGUUCAGAUUCAACCACUAAGGCUGCUUCUAUGUAUGAUUAGUUCAUUUUGUAAAUACCCUGUUUUUAUAUGUAUGUAUAUGACUGCUACUAUAAAAAUCUGGGCAUAUGUAUUGUAAUUAGAUCUUGUUGGCAUGUGAUGGGGGUAAUACUUGUGCCAAAAGUAUGAAAAUUGCCUUUUAUUGGAAGGACCAUAGAGACCCCUUGAAUUGCACUUGAAAAGGAUUGACUAAAGUAUGUGACUUGUAUUUUGUAUUUAAAAACGAGAAUAGCUAGUAUUUAUGUUUUUAUACAAUUGUGCAAUAUUAAAUAUGCAAUCACAAUAUACUGGUAACUCCUGAACAUCCUAAAGGGAGUGCACAUCUUUGAAUCUGGUGUGUUAGUACAAUGUAAUAAAUAGUUUAAAAUUACAGGUGUAAAUGAGGGUGCUGCCAAACUGUAUUCCUGGUGUUUCAUACCCCUGGGCAUUUUUGUACCAUGCAUGUAAAUAUCCUGAAAUGCCAUAUCUGGCUGCCUCUUCCUCCCAGGGAAUCUGAGCUGUUAAAUUGGUAUAAAUUAAAAAAAAAAAUUUUUUUUGGUUCUUAAAUAUUCUUUGGAAGCCUCCAGAUUAUGAGGGGUGUUUCAAGUGAUUUAUUUCUUAAAUACAGAGGGGCCCAGAAGCUCAAAUGUUAGUUUUCGAACAAUUCAACAAAUUUCUUAAAGGGAACUUUUUAUGCAAAAUUAAGUUUGGGAUGAAAAUACACUGCUGGUAAAUCAGUGUAAUUUCUUAGAGUUUUGUGCCAUACCAUUUAGAAUCCAUAAAUGAUGGUUUCUGAACUUAACAUUCCCCAUGUAGCCUUUUCUUUUUCGGUUUGUUCAUUAGAGACGCACAUUCCCAUCCAGGAGUAUUAACAAACAUGCAUUGCAGCAUUGAAGUAUGAACUAUCCUAUUUUAGGACUUGUAGUUGAGCACUGACAUAGGUAGUACUUAUGAAAGAGCCUCUUGUUUGGGGUUGAGUUUGUGUUUUCCCUCCAUUUGGUCACUUUUGUUCCUGGUAUGAAAAAUCUGAAAGGAAUCUCUUUUUUUAUAUCUGUCACCUAGUUUUGUACAUGGACCUCCUUUUACAAUAGCUAAAAUUCCUCUGCAAUAGUGUCUAAAACAACAGCAGAGUUAUGGAUGGAAAGCUACGAAAGUCUGUAAAUGCAUAAAUAGAAAUAUUUAAAUAAAUCAUGCAGAAUAAUACUGUACGGUUGACAGACUGCUGGUAGUUUGUUCCCUUCCCAUGGAAUUGUAUUAGUUAAACCUGCUAUCCUAAUCCAUGUUCCUUUUAUUAGGCUAACAUUCCUCUACAUGAAAACCACACAAUUGGGUAGCUAGAAUACUUGAAAAGGUAAGAAUGUUCUUAGAAUGCUGAAAUGAGCCAUUGAGGGGGUGAUCUUUUAUUAACAGAGCAAAUAAUUGGCCUUUGACAGUGGAAGCUACAAGUGUUCUAUAAAUCUCUCUAGGGAUGGUUCUCAAGGUUUUAUGAUAGAUGCCUUAGCUCAGAGGCUCUUCAUCAGAGCAAGGAUAGGGAGCCUAUGUCCCAGCAAUUGUUCUGUCCACCCCGUGCAAGCUGAAACCUGCAACAGAGCUUAAAACACACUCCAAACCCAAGCACAGUGCUCUCAAGAGCAAUCACUACAGAUCAGAGUGCACACACUUGACUGGGAGGCAGCAGGAACUAGCUGUGGUACAAUUAAUAGGUUCUCAAUGUCGUAAAAAGAUAGUUGUCUGCAAAGGGUAGGAACCACUGCUCGAAGUCAUAAUGAAAUAUCAUAAUUUGCAAUGAACAGGGGGGAGGGAAUCCUGAUUAAUACCACUGUAACCAGAAAUAUUUUUAUGACUUGAAUUUUUUUUAAUUUCUCAAGUAUACCAACAGCUUCGUUUUACUUUCUGCCCUUC